UCCGGUGUGGUUUUGCAACGGAACAGAAUCACACUGAGAGGAAGGAGGAGGAAGGGAGGGCCGCACAAAUGUCAAACUACUCCACUUGACGCGAGAUGGAUCCUCUUUCUAUGAUUCAUUAUUCAUUUAUAAUGUGUUUAUUUUAAUUAGCUAUAUUCUGUAAUGUUUCACAGCUCUCCCAACGCAACAAUGGACUCCAACAUUAUGGAGAUAAUAGAAGAAUUCAUGGAAAGUGCGUUGGCGCAAUGGCCUUGAUACUUCCGUGUCCAUGGGCAGGUUCUCAUUAGAGAAUAAUACAAAGUUAAGUACAGUGUGUUCAACAGAAAAUAGUCUCAGUGAAAUCAAUUGAGACGUUGUGCUAGCAGGGGUUUCCACGUGGGAAACCAAUCAGCCCCAGGGAAUGUGUUCUCCUUCUGGUCAUUGAACAGUAUUUAUGUUUACCUGUACCUGUGUUUAAUCUUGUUGUUAAGAUAUUCUGUUUUACGACUGCCUGCCUCCAAAGAGGGGGUCAUUCUGCAGGAUCCCUGCAGCUGGCAGGAGAGCAGUAUUUGCUCAAGGGCACUUCAGUACAACACAAAAGUUGUCACAUAUGUUGAAGGACAUCCACAGCCAAUGCUGUGCCACUCUGUCGCAGACAAGGGUCACCAGCUUCUCUGCAUCACCCCAGUCCAUGUUUACCCACAGUGCAGUUUUUAGAAGGUGCAGGUGGGAAUAAACCUCAUUAUAUUGCAGUUUGCAUUGGCACAGCUUUUUUUUGGAGCAAAGAGAGAGGGACCUUGGCUGCGAUCCUGCUUGGCUGCCUGUCACUGUGAAGUGCUUCCCAGUGGGAAGGCACAUGUCCCACCUGUAUAGACAGGUGCACCGACUCAAGUGGCUUCCUGUGUGAAAACAUUUGCACCUCUCCAUCUCUUUGUGUCUCCCUCUCUCUCUGUGGACCUAUUUCCUGCACCUGUCUCUGUCUUCCUUGUUUUGUCCACCCCCCUGGUACACUCCCGCACCUUUCUCCACACAUUUCUCACAGGUUCAGCUGUUUGAGAAGAUGGUUGAGAGCGAGAACGGCAGCUACAGUCAGUAUAUGGAAGUAAACUCAAUUUCCCAGAGUACCCAGGAUCGCUACCUGAGGCUGACCAACGGGAUUUUCCUCAAUGAGGUCAUGAGGGUCAUAGACCCAAACCCCAAAAUGGAGCGGCUUUACAACAGUGGGAGAGAUGACCACGUGCUGAGAGUGCAGAACUUUUCCAUCUUAAACCGACACCUGAGAGCCUUCUACCAGGAAGACUUGCAACAGUUGAUAAUGAUGUCUCUCCCGAAUGUUGCCAUCCUGGGGCAGGACCCCCUAACAGAGGCAGCUGUGGAAGAGCUCAGGCGACUGCUGCUCCUCUUACUAGGAUGUGCCGUGCAGUGUGAGAGGAAAGAGACCUUCAUUCAGCAGAUCCAGUCUCUGGACAUUGAGACCCAGGCAGCCCUUGCCAGCUGCAUUCAGGAGGUGACACAGGAUCCUCGGGUGGUGCUGCCGCUGCAGUGGGAGGAGCUGGUGGAGGUGGAAGGUGCAGACUUACAGCUGGUGUUCGGCUCCAUGGCCAAACAGAUCCAAAGCCUGCUGGCACAGAGAGACACACACCUGGAGAGGACAGCAGAGCUGUGUCGGGAGCGGGAGGCCCAGGCUGACUCAACCCCCGAGUCCCUGGGUGGUCGCAGCAUGGGGCCACCCCAAGGUCUGGCACUCCAGCUGGCCGAUAGCAAGGCCAAACUCCGCCGCCUCAAACAGCAACUGCAAGAUAACGGUGAUCAGAUAUUGGAUUACAAGCAGGAGAUCCAAACCAUGGAGGAACAGCUCAAGAAACUUCAAAAAGAGAACCGCUCUCUGCAGGGCGAGGUGAGGGGCAUGCGUGCACUGCGGGAUGAGCUGGACUGCGCACGUGAGCGAGCUACGCGGGCCGAGCAGCUCCAGACUGAGCUUCAGGGUUGUAAGCACAGAUUGCGCAGCCUGGAGCUCACACGCACUCAGCUGAAGGAGCAGCAGCAGCUGUGCGCGGCUCUGCAGGAGACCAAAGCUCUCCUGGAAGAACAGCUGGCCGAAGCGCGGGCACGUUGCUCGUCUGUAAGGGAGCUGGAGAGGGACAAUCUUUUCUUGCGCCAGAAAAUCAUGGAUGUGGAAGCGGAGCGCGACACCGAGAGGCAGCGAGUUGAUGAACUGCUGGAGCUGAACAUGAGCCUGGAGGCAGACCUGAGGCUCUGCAGCAGCAGCGGCGGCGGCGGCGCUGGUGGCAGUGUUCAUGGCCCUGUCGCUGCAGUUCACCGGAUUUUCUUCCAAUCAGACCUGGACUCUGACGAGGAGCUGAGCGGAUUGAUUGAUCAACAGCCACUGAGUGUGGAAGUGGGUGAGGCGUCAACGCUGAGGCUGCUCGGAGCAGAGCAGGAGAACGCGGAACUGAGGCGGCAACUGGAGGAGCUUCAGGCACUGCAGGAGGUCAAGGAUCAGCCGUUGAAGGCGGGUUCACCAGAUGCUAAGGAUGAGCUGGCUUGGUUGGAGAUGGAGCAUCAGAACAUACUCACAGAGUUCUACAACUUGAAGAAUGAAAAUGCCACUUUGAAACGGAAGCUUGAGCAAUUUGAGACCAAACUGCAACACUCAGAAGACAAGACAAACGACCAUGGAAUGAAGGCAGACAGAAAGGAGGAGGAGAGGGAGGAGAGAGGAGUCCAAGGCUCUGAGUCCUGCCGGGGAGAGGGGGAAGGCAGGGUGAAGGUGACAGAGAGGAGGGAGAGGAGAGGGGAAAUCAUUGGGACACAGAGGGAGGCAGGUGUUGGUGAGGAAAUCCUCCGCAUUCAGGAUGAAAUGUGUGAUGGAGAGCUCAAGCCCAAAAGAAGGGAAGAGGCAGAGGGAGGACAUAAAGAAAGGGAGAGACAGGGGAAAGCAAGCAAGCAAGAGGAAGACCAGCUUGCACUCACAACAAGCUCGGAGUCCCCAAAGCAUUCACCAAGUGUGGCGGAGAACACAGAGACGGAAGCUGAAGUCCAGGCUGCAUGCCACUUGCCUGCUCCUGAUGUGGAGCUUCUGGUGACACAGCUCCGCAAGGCCCAGGAGGAGGCUGACAGGCAGGCAACUGUGGCCCAGGACCUGCAGUCCAAGCUGGGAGAGCAGAGCAAGAAAACUUGGGAGGCUGAGCAGAGGCUGGUGGUGCUGGAGGCUGAGCUGCAGCGCCUCAGGAAAGCUGCUGACAAUCUGGCAGAGGCCCGCAGGCAAAUAGAGGUUCUUCAGUCUGAGGGUCUGGCCAUGGAGGAGGAGCUGUGCCGCCUGCGGAGCCAAACAGAGCUCCACAGGAUCCAGACCACGGUCAUUGCCACUCUGGAGGGAGAGCGCGCAGCACUGGAGAGGGACAAGGAGACGCUGCGCAGCACGGUGGACGCACUGCGCACCACCCAGCGCAAGAGUGACCAGUUGGAGCACACCAUCCAGACUCUCAAAGCAGAGCUACAACGCCACGGGCGCAGUUUGGACACUUCCCGCCGUCAGGAAGAAGUGCUGGAGGCAGAGCUCCGUGAGGCGAACCUGGAGGCCCAAUCACUGGCCAGAGCGCGAGACCAGGCACUGCUGGAGGCCACGCGGCUGGAGCAGGAGAAAGAUGCGUGUCAGCUGGAGCUGGAUGGCCAACGGAAGGAGGGGAGGCAGAGAGAGCGGGAGGUGGCGAGGCUGAGGCAGCAGCUGGAGAGCACGACCCUGGCCCUGGAGCACAGCAACCAAAGAGCUUGUGCUCUGGACGCUGAGCACAGACGUGUGUGUCAGCAGCUGUGUGAGUCUAAGGAGCUCUGCACUCAGCUGCAGGACCUGGAGAAAGAACUCGGCACUCGAUUAACCAUCAUGGAGGAGGGUAAACAGCAGCUGGAGGAGCAGCACACAGACGCUCAGGCCAAGAUGAUCUCACUGUCCCAGGACCUUUCCAGUGAGCGUGCACAUUCUCAGGAACUCUCCGCUGAAGUAAAACGCCUCAGCAAGAAGCUACAAAAAGCCGAAGCUGAACGAAAGGUAGCCACAGAGUCCCUCAGCCAAUCACAGGAGAGGACGGAGUCACUCUCCCGCUGCCUGAAGGAGAGCGAGUCUCUCCUCCUGUUGGAAAAGCGAAGAAGAAGCACCGAUGUGGACACUGUGUCAGAUUUCAAUUCAGACAUGUCAAACAAAACGCACAUUCAUCAGACACACAACCAGGACAUGUCGCCUCUGGAUGAAUGCCCUGAAGCCAGCAAAGGUCAUGACCUUCCCAUGAGUCAUGAUUAUGCCACAAAAGAGACAGAGAAGCAACUGAGUGAGAGGUUGACAGAGCUGGAAAAAGAGAAAGCAGUGGCGGUUGCAGGACAGGAGGCGCUGCUGUCACGUUUGUCUCAGUCCCAGGAGAUGAGUGAGCACCUGAAAGAGCAGCUGGAGGCGCUGCAUCGACACUCCCUCAGCCUGCAGGACUCCUGCACUCGACUGCAGACGCUCAACACCCAGCUGCAGAUGGACCAAGCAUCACUGAGCUCCCAGCAUUCAGCGGCAGUGGCGCGCUGCAGCCAGUGCGAGGCUCGUUGUGCGACUCUAGAGGCCGAGUCUAAAGUGUGGGCACGGGAGCGGGAGGAGUCCGUGGCGAGGGUGGAGGCUCUGAGGCGGGACCACGAGCGGAUGACAACGCUGCAGCAGCAGCAGGAGGCGGAGCUGGAGGAGCUGCUGGACAAGCACUCUGAGCUGAGGAGCAAUAACCGUAGCCUGGAGGCCCAGUACAGGGAGCUGGAGGCCAGGUACAAGGAGCUUCUCAAUGAGAAAACCCAGAUGGAGGAGAGGGAGCGGGAGAUGAAGGUGCAGAGAGAGGAAAUGGAGGCAGAGGCCCAGAAGACGCUGGAGAGAGAACGAGAGCUGGAGAGGCUGAAAGAAGACAACGAGAGGCUUCAGGCCCACCAGAAGGAGUGGCUGGCACUGCAGACGGAGCUGUUGGCUCAGGGCUUGGUGCUGAGGGGGGAGCUGAGCGCCUCCCAGCUGGAACGGACUCGACUGGAGGGGGAGCUCAGCGCACUGAGGGAAACCAACCAGAGCCUGGACCUCAGCAACGCCCGCCUCACCAGCCAGUACCAGCUGUUGACGCAGCUGAAGGGGAACAUGGAGGAGGAGAACCGACACUUAGCGGAGCAGAACCAGAGUCUGCUGAAGGAGAACCGCGCCUUACUGGAGCAGAGCCUGGAGCGCCGUGACCAGCACUAUUCACAGCAGAAGGAGUACCAGGAGAAGCUGAGCGAGCUUCGUCGGGAGAAGCAGAAGUUGGUGGAGAAGAUUAUGGAUCAAUAUCGAGUCCUUGAGCCGAGCAUGCUUCCCACACCCACCAAGACUAAGAAAUCUAACUGGAUUGCAGACAGGAUGAAGAAGCUAAUCAAACCCCGUGGAGGAGGAAGAGAGGGACGCGCCCUCUUCACCGCCGCGGGCAGUGUGGAAAACCUUGCUGACAGCAGUGAAUUUACAUCAGACACACACUCACCUCAGCCUGAUCCUCGCAGCGCUCCAGUCUCUCCCGCUGCCCUGAGAAAAGCUCCAUCCCAGACAGACAUUUCAGUUCCCGGGACUCCAGCCUUGCAUUCUGGCUCCCGUCGUAAGUUGGGAUCCCGUCAUGGCUGGGGGCUGGGCUUAGCCAGAGGAGGCGCCGCAGUUUCCCAAUCCUUCAGUCCUGGUGACAAAAGAACACCUCCCCGCCAACGGCUGCGCUCCAGUCAAAACACCUCCACUGUCCUCUGGGAGAAAGAGAAGGGCGAGACAAACGCACCCCGGGCUGCAGACACACCUCUGACCAAUCAGGAGAGUGUCGAGGAGGAUGAAGGAAAAGACAAACAACUCUCCAGCGAUGACACUGCGACAACCUGACAACAACGUACUGUAGCGUAAAAGACACAUCUUUUUGAUACUAAUUUUCGUAUGUCUGACUAUUGUUAAGCACAAGUUGUUGGUUUUUUUUAAACAUGAGAGUGAAUAAAUCAAAGAGCACACACGUCACUUUGUUGUGAAUCAAUUAACCACCAAGUGUGGAGCCUUGAAUCGAAGUGUCGUUAAUAAAUAAUCGGAUUUUUUAUUUUGCUUUCGCCACAAAUUUGUUGAUGAAUUAAUGAAGUCCUGAAAUGAUCGUAAACUUACUUUUACUUUUCUUUUCUUUUUUUGUUCUCAGCACAUUAUUUUUAGUCACAAUUUAGUCACCUUAACAACUGUGACUUUGGUCAUUAUCUUGCAUUAUUUCUUUUCCCUUGACUUAACUGUACUUUAACAGUACUGUAGAAAAAACUUGGAACUUUGUUGGCAACAUCAUUAAAGUUGUCAAAAAGCAUCAGUCCUGCUGAUAACAGUUGUAUAGCUUUUUGAUUAUUAUACUAUUAUGUUAACUAUCCACACACUGUAUUAUGUAUUACUGCUGUAAAGACGCUGUUUAUCAUCUUCAAGUAAAUGUCUCCUUCAAGGACCAACUGUUAAGAUGUCAAAGAAAACGUAAAAUGCUUUUAAAUCCAUUAAAAAAAUAUAUAUUUAUUGAUAUAA